GAACAAACUGUGUCCUUGAGUGGGCCGCCUCCGCCAAAUUAGGUUUUUUCGCCAUGUCGGGUAGGACUGCCCUGUUCGGAAGGCCUCAGCAAUCUCAAACACGACAUUUAUUGCAAUUCAAAGCAGGGAAAAUGACGAUUGGUGACGAUAACUGGGUUCAUGCUGACCCUCGCAAGGGAUGGGUGUAUGUUUAUCAGUCCGGGGACGGAAAGUUACACUUCUGUUGGAUCGAUCGCAAGACGUUUCUUGUUGAAGAUAAUUUCGUCAUUAAUGCCAAACAGGCUGAGUUUCAAAAGAUUCCACAAUGUACAACGGGUAGAGUUUAUCUUCUUAAGUUCAAAGGUCCCAAACAUUUUUUCAUCUGGAUGCAAGAACCCAACGGAAAAAAUGAUAGUGACAUUUGUUCAAGAAUAAACGACUACAUUAGGUCUCCACCCGCACAAACUACAACACUCUCAAGUGACUGGCUUAGUCGUUUUGAAAGUCUUAACCAACUUUCUCACAGCGAUAUUCUGGCUUUGUUGUCGAUGGGGGUAGGGCUUGGAGGUGGAUUAACUUCGGAAUCUGAUAUAUCAUCUGCUCAAGCAAAUGCUGUGACAAUCGGGCGUCAUUUAAAUACGGGACACCUAGAUGAAUCUAAUGUAUCUACAUCUGUCAUUGGGACUACUGCCACACCAUCUUCAGGAACUUCAUCCACUGGCGGUAACUCUCUACGCCCAUCUACAACCGAUAAACGACUUGAAGCUGGGAAAAUACAACUUCAGGACUUGAGAAAUAUCCUCUCAUCAAUCUCUACUGGAAUACGGAGUUCACCAAAUGAUGCAAAGGUAGAAUUAAACGAUGUCUUAAACGUAGAUAACUUACACUCACUUUUGAAUAAGCCGGAUAUUCAAGAAAGAUUGUUGCCUCAUCUUCCUCCUCUGGAUCCUGAAUCAGCGAGUACAAAUGACUUGGAAAAUAUCACUGCAAACAUUCAGUCAUCUCAGUUCAAAACCACUUUGAAAUCCUUCUCAGCUGCUUUUCGAACAGGUGAACUUGCCCCUGUUUUGGCUCAAUUCAAUUUGGGUAUAAAAGCCGAUGAAGCUGCAAGACGAGGUGACCUGGUGGCGUUUUCAAAUGCACUCCAAGGAAAAACGACUGAUACAACCUCUCAACCCUCAAAUGACAGCGGUUCGAAUGUCACCCAAAGUACGACUUCUCAGGAAUCACCAAAAGACAAGUCAGACCAUAAAAAGGAAGGAAAAACUAUUGCAAAUACUAAAGCUGAUAAAAAGGAUGAGUCUUUUGAUGACAAUAAAAUGGACACAGAUUGACCAAUGUCAAACCUGUAUUAGCUAAAACUUUAUUACAUAUAUUCAUUACACUGCGUUAAAUCGACUGAUUGAGGUUGAUUAAAAUUAUAUAUAUAUAUAUAUAUAUAU